AUGGGCUCCUCGUCUCUCAUCCAAGCUCAUUUGCAGGGUUGGGCGGUAUCACCGAUGGAGAGUGCGCGGUUGGAUGCAUGGCCAAGCGAUCGAGCGUAUCGUUUCCUGGGCCUAUUGUUGUCACUGUGUAAAGAAGGGCCCCCUCCGAUUGUGGCUAUCAGUCUACGGGAGAUCGAGGCCUGGGUUGAUCCCCCUGAAGCUUCAGUGGCGGUGUCAGGUAUCGAGCCUUAUCUCGUUUCCCUAGUUAUUUAUUCCAGCCAUGAUGCAGAGCGGGUAAUUCUUUCCUGUGAUUUCCAAGAUGGUCCUUUUACUGAUGCCGGUUUUAGGUCGUGUUUAGUUGUUCGGGUCGAUUGUAGUGUGUGGCCUCUCGGAGGAGCUCUUUAUACGGUUCAAGGGGAUUUCUGGAACGCUCGACGCAGCUGGGCAAACGAGCAGAUGGAUUCGAGAUUCAGCCAUUUGAACCAGUUCAGGGCUGCUCCUUUCAAGGUGGUCGGGAAGAGUCUGUAUUUAGUCGCCUCGUUCCCCCCUCCCCCUCGCGGGCAUCAAUGGCAUAUCAAAAACUAUCGAGAUGGUCAUACGGGUCUGUGA